AUCGUCCACCUCCGAGGCUCUAUACCCGACUCCGAGAGAGAGAGAGAGAGAGAGAGAGCGCUGUAGAUCGAUCGAGCUCGGAUUCGAGGUCAUCAAUGGGGAUCCUCGGCGACCACAUCGAGGAGGUGAAGGAGCACUGGAGGAAGAACUUCGCCUUCCUCGACUAUUACAAGAAGCUCUACGGCAGGGAGAAGCCGCUCCCCAAGUGGACCGACGCCGACGUCGAGGAGUUCAUCGCCUCCGAUCCCGUAUACGGCCCCCAGUUGAAAGCUUUAAGGGAAUCAAGGAAGUUUGCAAUUGCUGGAGCCCUUGUUGGUGCUGCUCAUUUAGGAGGUGUUUCCUUCAAAUAUUCGAAGAGCCCACAUGGUGUAGUUCUGGCGACGGGUUUUGGAGCCCUCUGUGGUGCCGUCUUUGGAGCCGAAGUAGCAGAGCACUGGAAUCAACUCUACAAGAUUGACAAACAGGCGGCUAAUCUCAGGUUCCUCUAUUGGUGGGAGGAUAAAACCCUAGGAAAAUGAAGAAAUCAAACUCAUGUUCGUUUCCUGCAUCUGGAUCAGUAGUUUAACAAAAUGUGAAUUGUGAGUUCCGGCAAUCGGUAUUAGAACUAUAUUUUGGCUUCGUGUAUGCUACCUCUCAAAUAAAUAGCAUGCUGUGUGGCAACAGUUAUAUUUGUGUUUUUAAAGUGCUAUUUUCUGCUAUUAUGUUGUCAUGUUUUCUCUUCUAAAUCAUCAUUAUGUCGCUUUUUACCUCUUUAUCUGAGCAGUACCGGUCAAAUGUUUUAAAUUAUACUCUGUUUACAUUA